AUGGAGAAGCUCAAGAGUUUUGGCCAGAAAAAGUGGAAGAAGAAGAAGAAGAAGAAGAAGAAGAAGAAGAAGAAGAAGAAGAAGAAGAAGAAGAAGAAGACCAACAACCAAGCGACGAAGGAAGAGAGGCUCAAGCCUAAGAGGAAGGAUUUGUCGCGUUCCGACAUCCCUCCUCAAGUCGAGUACCACGAAGACUUGAAAGUGAUCGCGCUUGAUCCCGGAGUUAGGACGUUCAACACCGGGGUGGACACAAAGGGAAAUGCUACCGAGUUCGCUCCUGGGGACGCGGGGAGGAUCUAUCCUCUUUGUCACCACAUGGACUUACUACAGUCCAAAGCUUUCGACAAGUCCGUGGGCAGCAAGAAGAGGUAUCGUCUACGCAAAGCAUGGCACCGGGCAAUCAAGAGAGUAACACAUCUGGUGACGGACGUGAGGAACAAGACGGUGAAGCACCUUUGCAAGAACUACGACGUCGUCUUCCUCCCGAAGUUCAACACGAAAGACGUGGUCAACAGGGCGAAGCGGAACAUUGGUAAUGGUGGCCAUAUCUCGGCGAGUGCAGAGGUACAAGUUCGCAUUGCGCGGGCGUCAAGACGCCGAAAACAGGCGAACAAGAUCGACCUCGGACCAGUCAACGCCAAUGAUAUGGGGAUGGAGUGUAGACGCAUCGUAGAACGCGUUUUCGUUUGAAGUUGGCGUCUUGUUUGAGAGUAGAUGUGACAGAUUUGCGUAGAAUAGGGUAAGAUGUUAUCAUGAACGGAGAUGAAAGGGCUUUUCCAACACGGAGAUGUAGCAUGGAUCAAAGCAUUUGUUGGAUUUCAGCUUUUACAAGCGGACAUCAACGCAGUAGUAUUUUAGCAAGCUUACGAACGCAUAUAGGAUACCAUCAGGAUUA